AACCAUUUCUUUUCCUUGGUUCAAAGCCCGAAUCUUUUAUCUAAUCUUUCUCUACUCGGUGCAGUCCACAUUCCUCAAUGGCUACUGCCGAGGAGGAGAACAAGGCUGCUUCCCAUCCUGCUUACUACGAGAUGAUACUAGGCGCCAUUACGGAGCUGGGCGAGAAAGAUGGGUCCAGCAAACUGGCGAUUUCAAAACAAAUUGAGGCCACUUACGGGGACCGCCUACCGGAAGACCACUCUGCUGUGCUUUCCGAAUCGCUUGCCAAACUGAAGGAGUCCGGCAAGCUUUUGUUCGUCAACAACAACUAUUUGAAGCCCGAUACCGACGCUCAGCCACGGCGCGGUAGAGGUCGCCCUCCGAAGCCUAAACCAGAUGUUCCUGAAGGGCCUGAGCUUCAAUCGACGAAGCAGCGCAGUUUGCCUGCAAAGGAAAAUAAACCAGUUUCUGCUUCUAGUGGGAAGAAGCGAGGUAGGCCGCCAAAGGGUUCGAAUACCAAUGGCGAUUCUGCGCCGGAGAUUGCUGGGAUAACGCCGACGGGGCCCAAACGUGGACGGGGACGACCGCCCAAGGUGAGUUCGUCGACGGAGGUAUCUGUGGAGUGAGAUUAGGUCGCAUGAGGAGGUGAUGUGGAAGGUGGUAAAGGGUGAAUGAUGAUAUAAUGGUUCUGUGCUAUGGUAGAAAUGCUAAUGAAAGUUUGUGUUCUUAGUCAUUUUUGGGUGUUGUCUUAAGCUAUCUUUUGUAAAAUGCGCUGAUGAGGUUACUGUUAGCUGAAAAGUACUGACUUGAUGGUAUUGUUGGUGUCUUUUACUUUUUUGUUGAUCUGUUUGUUACAGCCAUCGAUCCACCUUUUUGAUUCGAAGUUGGAACUAUUCUGUCUAUGAGGCUAGUAAGUCCAGAUAUGUUGACUAAUA